UUCAGCUCUGCAAUGCUUUCCGAACACAAGAUAUGGAGAUCGAUCAGUGUUUACUGGAGUCACUUCCUUCAGGACGGAGGCAGCAGCUGGUGAAACGUACGCGAUGUGAACAAGUAAAGGCUUAUUACGAGCGGGAAAAACUCCAGCAACAGACUGGAUUCAAACACAAACAAGCAAAGAAGAGAAAUGUCCACUUUAGGCCAACAGACAUGAUAAAGGAGGCCAUUGUAAGACAUGAUGAAAAAGAAGUGCUUAAGCUACUAAAGGAUGGUGCUGAUCCCAAUACAUUGAUUUCCUCAGGAGGCUCUCUGCUCCACCUGUGUGCUCGACAUGACAACAUCUUUGCUGCAGAGAUUCUGAUCGAAAAGGGAGUAAAUGUGAAUCACCAGGAUGAAGACUUGUGGACCUCGUUACAUGUGGCAUGUGCUUGCGACAAUCCCGAUUUUGUUCUGCUCCUCAUGGUGGCUGGAAUUAAUGUUUUACUCCAAGAUGUUAAUGGAAAUAUUGCAUUGGAUUAUGCAAUGGAUGGCACGGAAACAAGUUUCAUCCUUCUUGGACAUCUGGAAGAUAAUGGUGUUGAUGUAAACUCCUUACUGCAGAUAAAGAUGCAGCGGCCUUCAAAGAUGUUGGAAGAUGUUAGGAAUCUUGUGGCAUGCAAAGGAAAUGUUGAUCAAAAGAAUGAUGAAGGAGUCACUUUGCUACACAUGGCAUGUGCUAGUGGCUAUAUGGAUGUAUCCACUGUACUUCUGGGGAACAGAGCUGACCCGGAUGUCUAUGAUAACUGCUUCUGGACACCGCUUCAUCUAGCUGCAAAGUAUGGACAGAUUGCUAUCGUAAAGUUGCUUUUGAUACAUCAUGCAAAUCCCAAUCUUCUCAACUGUAAUGCGGAAAGACCCUCAGAUGUGGCCACAGCUGAGUAUCUCGAAGAAAUGUUACUGAAAGCAGAAGAAGACUGGAAGGAAAUGGGAAGACAAUGCACAGCUUGCCUUAAUACUGAAAUCAACGAGGAAGCAAACCAAGAACAUCAUUACAGCACUCCUAUUCCAAUGAAACAAAUCACCCCUCUCGCCCUGCCGAUAGCCAAACAGGACAGCAUGUUGGAAAAAGAUACGUUAUUUAAAGCUGCCUCGAGGAGCUUGUGCAAACAGAAUUCACAAGAGAGACUCUGCGCCAAUGUUACGAUGAACGGCACUUGUGGAGUUGAACAGGUGAAGCUGGUUCCUCCUGCUCCAAAUGAUGAUCUGUCCACCUUGAGUGAAUUGACAGAUAGAAGUCUCCUCUAUGAAAUUCAGAAGCGGUUCAGCAAUAAUCAGAUAUAUACACACAUCGGACAUAUUUUGCUGCUGGUAAAUCCAUAUAAGGACCUCCCAAUCUAUUCGACUAUCGUCACUCAGAUUUACCGGAGUAGUACAGGAAAGUUAUGUACUUCACUGCCGCCCCAUAUAUUCUCAUGCACUGAAAGAGCCCUUCAUGUUAUGUGGCAGGAACAAAAGUCACAGUGCUUCAUCCUAAGUGGCGAGAGUGGAUCAGGGAAGACAGAGGUCUGCAAACACAUUGUAAAGCAUCUGGCACGUCGAGCUGCAGCGACUGAGUGUAUGUUUGAAACAAAGUUUAACCAUGUCAACUGUGUGCUGGAAUCCUUUGGCCAUGCAAAAACCACGUUGAACUUGUCCUCCAGCCGGUAUAUGAAAUGGCUAGAAGUGCAAUUCGACGAAAACAAUAGGACUUUAUCUGGAGCUAGAGUCCAUGCCUACUGCUUAGAGAAGUCUCGUCUUGUCUCCCGACCACCAAACCAGUGCAAUUUUAAUAUUUUCUACCAGAUGACCGAUGGCCUAUCAACUGAGGGAAAGUGUGCUUCGUACCUCAGCAAUCCUUUUGCACACAGAUACAUGAACCAAGAUGGACAAGAACCAACAGCAUCCGAGGUAGCAAUAAACAGAGACAAGUUUUUUGCUGUGAAGCAAGCCUUGUGCACUCUGGGUUUCAGCAAUCUGGAAAUUGAUAGCCUGUUUCUGAUUCUAUCUGCAAUCUUGCUACUGGGGGACAUCCAGUUUUUGACCCUUACAGAUACCGAAACAGCAUGUGUGUCAGAUGUGCAAUUAUUAGAACAAGUGGCUGGUAUUCUGCAAGUGUCACCUGAUGAGUUCAAUUCAGCUUUAACCUCUGACAUUCAUUAUUCUAAAGGAGAUGUGAUUUUCAGGAGGCACACAGUUGAUGUGGCAAAUUUUUACCGAGACCUGCUGGCAAAGACACUUUAUGGUCGUUUAUUUCACUUCUUGGUGGACCAUAUUAAUUACUACCUCCAAAAUCACAAUAAUAUGGCAAGCAAAUCAACUCUUAACGUUGGGAUAUUGGACACAUUUGGCUUUGAAGAUUUCCAGAAGAAUGGUUAUGAACAGCUUUGUAUCAAUAUGACUAAUGAGAAGAUCCAUCAGUAUGUACAUGAAACACUUUUUCAACAGCAGCAAAUGGAAAAUAUUCAAGAAGGUACCACCCUGGAACAGGCAAACUUUCUGGACAACCAAAAUGCAAUCUUGGACUUCUUUUUUCAGAAACCUGGUGGCUUACUAUCAAUACUUGAUGAAGAAGGUGAAACUCUUCGAUCAACAGAACAAAACCUCAGAAAAUGUCUGCAAACUUAUAUAGAAUCAGCUCAACCCAACACUGUGUACAAAUCCACAAAGGGUGGAAAUGAAACCAACCCAUCAAAAGAUCAAGCUUUAGCCUUCACAAUCAUGCAUUACGCAGGACGGGUAACAUAUAAUUUAACAGGAGCUGCUGAAAAGAACAAAACGUCACUUUCACAAAACCUCCUCAUUGUUAUGAAAGCCAGUGAAAAUGUCCUUAUUCACCAAAUCUUUCAGAGAAAAAGAACCCAAACUGCUUCUCUUAUACCCUCUCAACAUCACAUGAGUUUCAGAGGACCGAAAACUGUGCUGUUGUCUCAGAAUGUGUGCUUUACAUCUCGAACCAAAGGAUUAAAGAAGUUCCUGGAGCUUAACAGCAAGUUCCUGAAGAAGAAGAGAGCAACAACAUUCUUCCCCUGUCUUGAUCACGAUGGGUCCAUGACUUUGGCUGCUCAGCUCAGGAGCUCGAUUUGUGAUAUAAUGGGAGAACUCAAGAAUUCAACACCUCAUUUAGUAUACUGUAUCAAGCCCAACACAUCAGCACAGGCAGACGUAUUUGAUGACUUCUACGUCUCGGCUCAGUUGCAGUAUAUUGGUGUUCUGGAGAUAGUGAAGCUGAUUCGUCAUGGAUACCCUGUACGACUAUCUUUCUCCAACUUUCUCGCAAGAUACAAGACUCUGGCUGAAAUAAGCGCGGGGGUUAGAAAGGAGCUUUCUGCCGAGGACAAGUGUCAUCUUAUCCUUCAGCAGUGCAAGUUACAAGGCUGGCAGAUAAACCAGGGGGACGUGCUUAUGAAGUACUGGCAAGCAGAUCACCUUAAUGAUCAGUGCCUUCUCUUGCAGAAGAAAAUUGUCAUCUGCCAAAAAGUUGUCAGAGAAUUUCUAGCCCGCCAGAAAUUGGUGCAGAGGAUGAGCAUCAAGCGAGAGGUCAGCACCAUUGAAAGGUUUUUGCAGCUUGUGGAAGAUAUGGGGCUGAAGGCGUACGAUUCCUUGGUCAUUCAGAACGCGACUGACAUUGCACGCGAAAACGACAGGAUCAGAAAUGAACUCAACACAGUUUACAUGAGGGAAAAGUUAGAGGCACGACACAGCGAUGAGCCUGCCACAAUACGCCUCUUGGGGUGCCGAGCACUGAAGCAUUUCCUCUCCAGCUCGGUGCCGAUACCUACCCUUGCCGAUGGGUUGGCACAUUCUGUGAUUGGAUCAUCUAUCAGAUCACCCUCCCUUCACUCAGUAUUCACUAUGGAUGAUAGCAGUGGCCUGCAGUCACCACGGAAACAACCUCCUCCCAAGCCAAAGAGGGACCCCAAUACGCGGCUGAGUGCUUCAUAUGAGGCUGUGACUGCAUGCAUAUCGCCGGCUUCUAAAGAAGCACCAAAUGAAGUUCUGACAAAACCGAGACCGCACAGUGAUGACUACAGCACAAUGAAAAAGAUUCCUCCACCAAAGCCGAAAAGGAGCCCCAACACCAGACUGACUGGUUCCUAUGAAGAGAUUUACGUGAGGAAGCCACCUUCACUUAAGUUCACAUGCUCGAUGACUAAAGCAGUUCCGAGCACUGGAAUUAUUCAACGUGCCGCAUCUGCCGACGGGCCGCAAUACGGCACGCUGAGUCUCCAUCUGUUGCACAACGAGGACGUUGAGCCCGUUUAUAUCGAAAUGGGGGGAGCAGCGGGCAAUUACCUGGUCGAGAUGGAGAGUCCCGAUCAAGGAGAGUCUGUUUACGAAGAGAUGAAGUACUGUCUCCUGGAAGACAGUCCCUGCUCUUCCUACUACUUUGACCAUGAGGCGUGUCCCCCACCCGGUUUUGAACGAAAAACGCCAACGCUGCCCGACGAUGUUGGAGCAGGCAGCCCUCCCGUGGCCGGCUGCAAAGUGUUAGGGUGUGACAUUCCGCCUCCCUUUCCCAACCUCCUUCCCCACAGACCCCCACUGCUGGUAUUCCCCCCAACGCCAGUGCAGUGCUCCCCUGCCUCCGAUGAGUCCCCACUCACACCGCUUGAAGUGAAGAGGAUACCAGUGCUGGAGACCAACCUGACUUACCCCAUGCCAGCCGAUGAAAUAUCGCCCACCUCGCCACAGUUUCCAAGCCAUCAAAUGGGUGAAGAUGGGCCGCCAGCAUCUCCAGACUUGGGUGUGUUCAGUGUAUCAGGAAAGAUGUCAUCGCCCCCAAUCACUCCUUCUCUCCCACUAAUUCCAACUCCACCCUAUAAGGCUACUUCACACUUUAUUUUCCCACCGGACAUUCCCACAUCUUGUUUUGCAAGUUCAGGAAAAUUAUCGUCAAACACGGAUGUUCCCAAAUUAUCACAGAAACCCAAUCCAUUGCCGGCAAGAGCUUCGCCUACAAACUCCAUGAGAUUACCCUCCUCGCCAGUAAAAAGUUGCAGGACAGAAACUGGGAAGAACCUCUCCUCCUCCACGGGGAACAUAUCACUACUCUCCCACUCGUCCACUGUUUCCAGACCUAUCACCAGCCCACUGGAUGAGUUAAGCAAUCUUUUCAGCUCAGGACGAAGUCUUCUGCGAAAAUCAGCAACGGGAAGAAAGAUACGGGAGCAAAGCGGUGUGUGUGGUGAAAGGAACUGUAGCCCGUCUAACAGAGAAGAAACCUGUGAACCAGGAGAUAUAUCAGAGAUGCAAGAUAACAAUGCGAACAAUCCUGUGACCAGGCUGUCUCCUGCAAUGACAGCAGCUCCAUCUGUUGAGAAUGGGAAUCAACUCCUGAAUGGUAAUUUGUAUUUCACGUAUCAGUGAGCUGUUGCAACUGUACAUGUAGCGAAUAUCUGUCAAAUGAAGCCAUGGUCCAAAAAGAAACGAUUGGCAGACUGUUUUUCCACAAGAUCUGAAGAACCACAAAAGCAUUGAGCAAUACCAUAUCUCGGAGCAGCUAGAAAAAAGCCACAUUCUACCCAAAACACUUGAGUGGGAACUCAGGACACAUGAAUUUCUAGUUAUCGGGAUUCCUCCAUAUAAUAAGUGGUAAAUCACAGAAUGAUCGGGACCAUGCUGCAAGAUUUUAAUUGUUUGCUUAUUUAAAACAAUUGACAACUGACUUCUUUCAAACUUUUCAAGAAUUAAAUUUUUUUCGUUAUGUGAGCAAGGACAAUAAAGGCUGUUGAAUGCCCUUCUAAAAAUGGAGAUUCUGUACAUUAUAAAGCAUAAAACCUGUUUACAGUAAAAUGUAUUCAUCUUAAUAGAUAGGAUCUUGUUCACUCAAUGCUCUUCAUUUGAAAAUCUUAAUUGAAAAUAAUAUGUCAGGCAAUAGAUUUUAUAUCUGAACUGAACUGCCAUCAUUGUAUUUUCAAAUGACAAGAGUUGAUAUAAAAAAUAACUUGAAAAUUGUAAAUGAUUAAAUUUUGUUGAAAAUAUAAUGACACAAUAUGCUUGCAAGUUCAGUCGGGGCAUGUAGAAUUUGAAAAGUUCUGACCUGAUUUCGCAAGCUUUGGUACAACUUUAAAAUGCUCAAAUGGUAUCAUCUUAGGAGUAACAGAAGGAAAUGCUACUCUCUAAUAAUGUUCAUCCCAGCUUACAGUAGUAUUUAUUUCAGGUGUCUCGAGAUUUGAAUUCUAGAACUUCCCUUUCCCCUGACUCUCAGUCUAAAGAAGGGUCUCAACCCGAAGCGUCACCUAUUCCUUUUCUCCAGGGAUGCUGUCUGACCCGCUGAGUUACUCCAGCUUUUGGUCUGGAAGUCCAGAAGUUAGAUUCCUACGUCCAAAAGGAGCAUGACUGGAAAAUUAAACCCAGAGAUCAGGGAAUCUAAUUUUUUAUUCUGCUCAUUUCAUUUCCUGAUAUUCAGAUUAUUUCUAACUGAUAUUGAAGAUUUUCUCGUCAAAAUUUCACACUUACUCACCUAUUUUAUAAAAAUUAAUGUCUUUGCUUAAACAGACAAAUGAAUUUCAAGUGGAUUUAGUGAUUUAGAGUCAUAGAGUAAUAGAAUGAUACGUUGUGAAAACAGGCCCUUCGGCCCAACUUAUCCCAGUGACACUAGUCCCACCUGCCCGCAGUUGGUCCAUAUCCCUCCAAACCUGUCCGAUCCCAUGAUGUUAUUCAAUCCGUUUUUCAUAAAGGGGAAUAAAUAUAUUGGGGACAAUGAUUCACCUUGAUAUAUCUGGUGCAGUUAAUAAGGUAAUGCUCAAAUGAAAUUAAGUUAUGGAAUAUAAUGAGGUUAUCAUAUAAAUGUUUGCAUAACGAGGUAGUGCAGCCUGUUGGAGUUCCAGCUUCAGGAACUAUUCAGGAACUAUCCUGCAUUAUUCACGUAAAGAUGCAUCAUCCAUAAAGGAUGCUAAAGACACAAAGCAAUAACAAAUAUGCUCAGACAAAACCUUGUGGCUGAUCUGCAUUUGAGGAUGGACGGCAGCUAAAUUGUGAACUUCUUCGGCUGAAAAGGGUGUGGGUAUUAUUUUGAUGUUCAAAAUUUCCUGGGCUCUUAAAUUUGCUCAGACUAGUGGACUCCUGCUCUCUGCAGGGUCUGCCUGACAAUCUUAAGCAGAAAUCAUUUCAUGAGGCACAUUGCCCAAAAGCAUCCCAACUAUGUGAAAUGUAACGCUUCUCCCAAAUGCACCAAUCGAUGGUCUUUUGCUGUAACUCCUUUCUGAGCACACAAUUGGAACUUUGCACCUUUCUGCAGAUAUUGAAUAUUACUGACGAAUUUCCACUGGUGCCAAUGUUGAGGGCUGUGAAGAUCCUUGGCCCGAAGAUAGACACAAAAAGCUGGAGUAACUCAGCAAUGAGAGGCAGCAUCUCUGGGGAGAAGGAAUAGGUGGCGUUUCGGGUCGAGACCUUUGAAGAAGGGUCUAGAUUCGAAACGUCACCCAUUCCUUCUCUCCAGAAAUGCUGCCUGUCCUGUUGAGUUACUCCAGCUUUUUGUGUCUAUCUUCGGUUUAAACCAGCAUCUGCAGUUCCUUCUUACACACAGAUCCUUGCCCCUCUCUGUUCAGACACGGCAUUGCUACAUACCAGAGCAUCCUUAGCUAUUUAGGGACUUUAUGGCUUUAGGGACCAAUAUAUUUUCACUGAAGCCUUUCCAUUCAAAUAUUCUGCUGGGAACCAAGUGAUGUACCGGACCAUCCUUACAAGGUGAAAAUCAAAAGCUAUGCUUCUCUUCUAAACUGCUGGAUGAGCAUUGGAACUUGCAAUGAGUUAAUGACUUGCAAUAGGGAGAAACAAAACUCAUCCUAAAAGUACAGAAGUGAUUUUCGUGUGUAGGAAGGAACGACAUAUGCUGGUUUAAACUGAAGAUAGACACAAAAAACUGGAGUAACUCAGCGGGUCAGACAGCAUUUCUGGAUAAAAGGAAUAUGUGGCGUUUCAGGUCGAGAUGAUUGAAGAUGGGUCUCGACCCGAAACGUCGCCUAUCCCAUUUCUCCAGUGAUACUGUCUGACCCGUUGUGUCACUCCAGCUUUUUGUGUCUAACUUCAAAGUGAUUUUCCAUCAUUAACAUUGUUCUAACUUCACACAGGAAUAUUUUCUGGCUCACGUUUUCAGGAAUUGAGUUCAGGCUGUUUUACAGAUUCUCAGAUCAGCAAAUAUGAGGAAAAAUAAGUGAAUCAACUGUCUAUAUAUCAUAUUAGAAAGAACAGUACAGUGUCCCAAAAAACAAUUAUUUUCUUCAAAGAAGAUAGACACAAAAUGCUGGAGUAAAUCGGCAGGACAGGCAGCAUCUCUGGAUAGAAGGAAUGCUGCCUGUCCCACUGAGUUACUCCAGCAUUUUGUGUCAAUCUUCGGUGUAAACCUGUUGCUUCCUACUAAUUCUUUUCUUCAUUUUACCUUGCAACCUCAUUCAUUUUAGUGUCAACACAGGCUUCAGAAAUAAAAUGUAAUAUAUACUUUACAAAUUACUUAUGCUGUGUCAUAGGUUAAGUUUAUAAUUUAACAGUGUUUCUUUGUACCAUGUUGGGGUUAAACUGCCUCUUUUGCAUGUCGUUCAUGGUGCUUUUCACUUCGAACUGGAUCCGUCUUUCAGGAAACUGCAUUCCUCUGAGUGAUGUGGUUUACACAGUGACAUAAAUUUGUAACUGUUUCUUGGCUUACCUUUAGUAACACCUUGCAUUUGUAAUUUCCAUUGUAAUAUUGUUGAUCAAAUUCUGAUAUCAAAUUUCUAUCAGUGUUCUAUCGUCAACAAAUUACAUUUUCAAUAAAAAGAUUAUAUUUCAGUGUAUACCUGUUUCCGAUUUGAAUAAAUCAACUGGAUAGAUAUUUCUGUCAUGGCAGAUCUUUUUUGCUCUGUUUUGCUCUUCUGACUCUGAACAAGUACACCGUUUACUACAGACUGUACCAUACUGCAUGAAUGGUGUAGCUAGAAUCCAGAAACAGUAUUAUUGUAUGCAUCUGCACGGUGGCACUGCGGUAUAGUUGCUGCCUUAAGCCCCGUCCCACUUUCACAACCUAAUUGGUGACCUCUGCUGAGUUUGCCCUUGAUUCAUACUUGCAGCAUGGUCGCCACGAGGCCGUAGGAGGUCGUAGGAGGCCUUCGUAACUCUUCCUCGUGCUCGUGAGUGGUCUCCGCGUACUCGUGGCCUCAAGUAGGUCGCAACGUUUCUCCCAGCCUGAUAAAAAAUGUCCACGAGUAAAAAAAAGGGCGGCAUGGAAAAAAUCGAUACUUUUUACUCAUAGGUAGGUCGUAAGUAGGUC